AUGGCUGCUAACGUACAAGCUAUCUUUCAAGCUGUACUGUUUAUAGCCUGUUUAGCUAUUCUCGGAGUUGUCAUAGCUAAUCUGGUGACAACUAUCAAUGUUCAAAAUCAAAAUCAAACUCCAGUCAGCUUGAAUUUGAAUGUUACUAACAACAACAACAACAACGGCCAACCUCAAAUUCCUAUAAUUUAUAAUGUUUCUUCUGCGACCAAUAACUUCACCAUCUAUAACAACACUGUGUACAACACAUCUUCAAUUAUUUAUUAUCAACCAGCCAGUCCACUAAAUGUUCAAAACAACCCAGUUAUUUCCAAUACCAGUGACCAGUACAGCAGUUACAGAAGUUUCGCUCAAAGCUUGAGUUCAACAUUGAAUGUUUUCUUGGAUCCUUGCAAAAAUUUCUAUGAAUACACUUGCUCUAACAUCAAGAGUGCUAUGAGUUUCGAAGUCUCCGAUGACUCCAACACCGAACAGAUGCGUCUUAGGUUUGAAAACCAAGACUACAGAAAGAAACAAAAUUCUACAACUCUGAAGAACAUCUUCAAUUACUAUGACAACUGCAAAUAUGCUCGUGCUAAUUGGGAUUCUUUACCAGGUGUUAAGGACGGACAAAGAAUCACUGACGUGAUCAACACUAUCGGCAAAGGUAAUCCAAAUAGAACUGAAACAGUGUUCAAAUUCCCACUUCUGGAUCAAACAACAGUUUAUAAAACAUUCCCAACCCCAAUUGGACUCGGCUAUCUUGCCGGCUUCCCCUUAGGACAAUAUGGUAUUCCAACAUUCGUUUCUGCAUAUACUGACACAAAAUGGAAAACACCCGAAAAAGGAUAUGCUCUUCUAAUUGAUCAGCCAACCACUUACCGUCCAAACACCUACUAUCUUAAGGAUCCAGUAAACACUAAAAAUGCCUUGAUUAAUGAAGUUGUGGGUGUUAUGAAUGCCUACGCCCAAGUUAUCAAUAAAAAUCUCAACCAAGAAAAGCUUUUGAAUGAUGCUAUGGGAAUUGUUAACCUCGACUUUGCUCUGGCUCUUAACUUCAGUACCGAUGACACUACCAGACGACAGUUCGCAAGAAGCAAUAUUCUGAAAACUAUGGAUCAAUUGAAAACAGAGUUCGCAACAUUCAGUUUCCAUACUUUCGUGCCAAAUGCUCUCAUGGCUUCUGAUGAUGCUGUGCUUCUCAUGCUCGACCCAACCAAGAACUCUACUUUUGUUAUCAUGGAAGGCGAUAAACUCCAUCAACUCUUAAACACUGGUUUUGUUGAUGCCAAUAAAUUCAGUAUUACUCCUAACGAUGUUGUCAACUAUGCUUACUAUGCUGCUGUUCGUCAAUAUUCCGCCUAUCUUCCUCAAAACAGUGACUCUAUACGUAUGGCUCACUCCGGCAAACCAUUCGUUCUCCCCCAACGUCCAAAUAAGAGAAGAGGAAUUAUUCCAGAGCGUAAGCACCGUUACGCUAUGAAGCAGUUAGAUGAUGAUACGCUUAUUGGUCAGUCUUGCGCCAGUGAAACUAUGGAUGUUCUCCAAUAUGCCAAUGCUCGUGUUUUCAUCGAUCAGAUUUAUCCAGACCAAAAUAGUAGAAAUGCCAUUAGAACUCAUGUUGCUAAGGUAGCCAACAGUAUUCUUAUCGGUAUGAGAUCUAUGAUAGACCAACUCAACUGGAUGAGCCCACAAUCUAAAGUUGGAGCUUACCAAAAAAUUGAAAAGUUAACUAAGAAUAUGGCCUAUCCAGACUUCAUUGCUAACGACGACGAUCUCGAUAGAUAUCAUUUGACUUUGGGAUUCACUGACAAAUCAUCAUAUUUUGACAUGGUUGAUAAGGCCAACACUUUCGGACUUUAUUGGACAUGGCAAGUUUUGCUGAAGGCAACGACUGAUAGACAAGAUUUCGCUGGUCCACCAGGAACUACCAAUGCUUGGUAUCAGGAUGAAUUGAACUCUAUUACUUUCCCUGCUGGUAUUCUUCAUCCCCCAUUCUACGACUUCAACUGGCCAGCUGCUGUUAAUUUUGGAGCCAUGGGAGUAAUCGCUGGGCACGAAUUGACACACGGUUUCGAUGAUCAAGGAGUUCAAUGGGACGGUCUCGGUGCUUUGAACACCUGGAUGAACGAUACGCAAUCUACUGACGGAUUCAAGAAGAUGGCACAGUGCGUUAUUGACGAAUACAGUGGUUUUUGCCCUUUGAACAAAACCGUUUACGGAUCUGCUGCUUGUAUUGACGGACAACAAACUCAAGGAGAGAAUAUUGCUGAUAAUGGAGGAAUUCACUCAGCAUACAGAGCAUACAAAAACUAUAUUUCUUUCAAUGGACCCGAUCCACAACUGCCAGAUAGCCGUUUGAGUGAUUUCACUCCAGAUCAACUCUUCUUCCUCAGUUUCGCUCAAGUUUGGUGUCAAACAACUCCCUCAGAUGCGAGAUUUGAAAGACAAAUUUUGACCGACGUUCACUCUCCUUCAAUUUAUAGAGUUUUCGGAACAAUUCAGAACUUCCCUGCUUUCCGUAGUGCUUUCAACUGUCCCGCUGGUUCGCCUUAUGCUCCGAUACCAGGAAAUUACUGUAAUGUCUGGGUUUCUGACAUUGAUUCUUCUUACGGAUUACCAAAGUGA